UUCAAAAUGCGUUCCCUGAUUCUCGUCGCUCUUUUGGCCUUCCUGGCUGUUGGCUUUGUGGCCGCUCGUCCAGCUGAGGAUGAGGAGUCCUCGGCUGUCGUGGCUGAUAGUGCCGAUGAGGAUUCGACCAGCGACGAUGCGGAGACCACUGAAGCCGCUGAUGCGGAGGAAUCUACUGAUGCUGAGGAGACGUCUGCUGGCGAUGAAGACUCUGGAGAUGACGCUGAGGAAUCCAGCGAUGAUGCCGAUGAGGAGGAGACAACCACUACCGCGGCGGUCAAGAAGCACAUCCGUCCCUUCUGGCCCAGGUUCGGAGGUCAUGGACCAGUUGUGGUCAGACACCAUAGAUUUGCCUAGAUCAUAGGCCUAUAAUCUGGUUUGCUAAAAUGUUCUUUUCUAUUUUUCUGAAUAAAAAAUGUUAUCUUCAACUGAA